AUGUCACACUCAUUGCUUCUUAUAUUCACCCAUAAACACAAAUCCACUGCAUCAUCUACAAUGAAGACCAACUUCCUGACUAUUGCCGCCGUGGCAUUUGCAACCAUUUCUGGUGCAGCGGCUAAUCCCGCCAGUUUGCCAAUGGGCAUUGAAAUCACGGAGCGGGAUGGAAUGACCCUGAUCCGUGAAGUUCCUCAUGAACAUCUCGGACUGCACAAGCGAUGCAGGGAGUGUGUUCAUCUUGGCGACCGCUGCACCAUUGGCGACGGCAACUGUCAUAAUGAUGAGCAUGGAAGCUGCACUUGGUGUGGAAAUCACUGCAAAUCCAUCUGCGUUCCUGAUGGGGACACGUGUGAGAAGUGGUGUCUCUAA